AUGGAGUUGACAAACAACACAACUGCUGUAAGUAAUCCUACAAAUCUAGCAAAUAUGUCAACAGCUGAUGACUGGAUGAUUGAAAGGGAUGAAUUUUGGAAACGGUUAGAUUUCGUACAACAACUCUUAACAAUUUUGAUCGCUGUCUUCACAAUUCUUGGAAAUUCUUUGGUGAUAUUUGUGACAUGGAAAGAAAAAUGUCUUCAUCAACCGAAUAAGUACUUUAUUGUUUUACUGGCUGUCGCUGAUCUACUCGUUGGGUUGUUUGUGGCUCCAUUCCUCGCUUAUCAAUUAGGCGUUGAAUUUGAGAGGAGUGAAAGUAGUAUGUCGGUUCAUCUUUGUCGUUUCAUGUUGUGGAUAGACACCUUUGCGCUAACAACAUCUAUUUAUUCGCUGACAUUUAUCAGUUUUGAUCGGUAUCUCAAAAUCAGCGGACCACUUUUGUACAAAUCACGAAUGACCACUUCCAGAUCAACGAGGAUCAUUUCCGUCAUUGUUCUUAUCUCGGCUGCUUUCGCCUCCUACUCUGCCACACCUCAGUCAAGAAGUUAUGGAAUCAUGGACACCGGGUCUGGCUCUUGCAAUCUUCACACUGACUUCGAAAAAUCCGCAACAUAUUAUCUUAUGCUAACAAUAAUUGCUUUUUUUCUACCUGCUGUAGUCAUCCUGAUUAUGUACGCUUUCAUUUUUCUCGUCGCUCAUAAACGAAACAAAAGGCUAGAGAGGGGGGAACUGGGUCAAACAGUCAUCAAUCAUCGUCAAAGAAAUGCAUUACGUCGAGAUAUGAAAGUGAUCAAAAUGCUGCUGGUUGUCGUUGGAUCUUUUAUAUUUUGCUGGGGUCCUUGGUUUACUUGGACAUUGAUGUUUUAUUACUAUCCAAAUAUUGUUGAAUGGGAUAGCACUUCAUUAAGUUACUGGUCCAGAUUAAUCAUAUUCGUUUUUAUAGCCAGCACACUUCCAUUAUUUAACAGUUUGUGCAAUCCAAUAAUCUACGUGUGUCUCGACGAAACAUACAGAGAAGCUUUCAGACAACUUUUCCGUCGACAAGACGGAAGAAGACAACAGCCAUCAACAGAAAUGCGAUCAUCGACGUCCACGACAACUAUAUAA